AUGUCCCGACGCGUAUCAACACUCUCAAGCUUUAAGAAAAGCAUAAUUCCGUCCCAGAGAUUCUUUGCCACCACCCAACUGCGCUCACAACAGCUACCUGGCGAUGAUGGUCGAACGACGCAUUUCGGAUUUGAGACUGUUGCAGAGACACAGAAAGAGGCCAAAGUUGGUGCCGUCUUCUCCUCGGUGGCCUCUUCUUACGACACCAUGAACGACCUCAUGUCUCUCGGAGUCCAUCGGCUUUGGAAAGACUACUUCGUCCGCAGUCUUAACCCCGGUAGCCGAACGAGUGAAACGGGUUGGAACAUUCUAGAUGUAGCCGGUGGGACUGGCGACAUUGCCUUCCGCAUGCUUGAUCAUGCUACAAAUGUCAAUGGCGACCUGAAAACAAAAGUGACAGUUUCGGACAUCAACAAUGACAUGCUCGCGGAGGGACGGAAAAGAGCUCUUGAGACUCCAUAUGGAAACACAGACAGAUUGGCCUUCAUGCAAGGUAAUGCCGAGUCGAUGCCAUCAUUAGACUCAAACUCGUUUGAUCUCUACACUGUGUCAUUCGGAAUCCGGAAUUUUACCAAUAAAUCGGCCGCUAUCCACGAGGCGUACCGGAUUCUCAAACCUGGAGGUGUCUUUGCUGUGCUGGAGUUCAGCCAUGUCAACAGUGCUCUGUUCAACGCUGUGUACAAAAGGUGGAGCUUUGGAGCUAUCCCAUUGAUCGGUCAACUGGUAGCAGGCGACCGUGACAGCUAUCAAUAUCUCGUGGAAAGCAUCGAACAACAUCCUUCCCAAGAAGAGUUCAGAGACAUGAUUCGAGAUGCUGGCUUCAUCACUCCUGGGGUCGGCUACGAAAACUUGACUGGAGGGAUUGCCAGUAUACACCGUGGAGUGAAGCCCUUGUAG